GUUGCCAACCAUCAGCCUAGCGACGCUGCAGUAUAGAAUUUUAGUCUUAUUUGUUUAUUUGCUUAAAAAUGAGCAAUAUUUACAUCCAGGAGCCGCCAACAUCUGGCAAAGUUUUGUUGAAAACAACAGUUGGUGAUAUUGACAUAGAACUGUGGGCCAGAGAAUGCCCAAAGGCGUGUCGCAACUUUGUCCAACUCUGCCUGGAGGGCUAUUACAAUGGCACAACUUUUCACCGGCUGGUGAAGGGAUUCAUUGUACAGGGCGGAGAUCCGAAUGGCGAUGGCACUGGCGGCGAAUCGAUUUAUGGCCAGCCGUUUAAGGAUGAAUUCCAUUCGCGAUUGCGAUACUCUCGUCGUGGCCUGGUGGGCAUGGCCAACUCUGGCAAGGAUGACAAUGCCUCACAAUUUUUCUUCACAUUUGCGCCGACGCCAGAGCUGGAAAACAAGAACACACUCUUUGGCAAAAUCACGGGCGAUACAGUAUUCAAUAUGCUUAAGCUGGAGGAGGGCAUCGUCGAUCACCAGGAGCGCCCCAUGUACGCACAUCGCAUCAUUUCUACAGAAGUGCUUAGCAAUCCCUUCAACGAUAUUGUGCCGCGCUCCUUGCCCAAAGCAGCCUCAAAACCAAAGAAAACCAAAAAAGAAAAGCAAGGCGUAAAAAACUUUGGACUACUUUCCUUUGGAGAGGAGGCCGAAGGGGACGAACAGGAAACGAGCAUAUUUGUAAAACAAAAUGCUGGUAAAGCAAAAUCCUUACAUGAUGCCACGGAUGACCCAAAGCUAAGCAAGGAGCCCAUUAAGGUGCCCAAAACAGAGCGAGCGCCAAGCGAGGAAAAUUUGUCAGAUGACUGCGAAGAGACUGUCACUAAAAAAGCCGCCACUUGCUCAGAUAUUAUAAAGAGUAAACUCGCCAGAGCAACUAAGUCCACAUCGGCAAAGCCGGUCAAACGUGAACAGAUCAAAAGCGAAUCAGAGGAUGACGAUGAGGACAUUCUGAUGACCCAGGAGCAAGAACAAAACCAGAAAAUCUCCAAAGAAAAGUCCAAAAUACGUGAAGAAAUUGCGUCAUUGAAGCGGCAAUAUCAAAUGGAUAAGGUCAGCAAGGAGAAACAACUUUCCAAGGAGUCCGAAAAGAAUUCAAAGAAGGAUGCCAUUAAGGGAGCCAGCGAAAAUCAUUAUAUUAAAGAUUUCAUUCAAGUAAAACAAAUGUAUACUGCCAAGACAAAAGACACUGUUAAAGGACAAGGAAGAGAGGAAUUUACAUUGGCCUUGUUAUCUAAGUUCAAAUCAAAAUUGGACAAAUUCAAAUAUAAAUCGAAUACUGAGGAGGAUGUCGAUGAAGAGCCUAAGCAAAUGGACGACAGUGUUGUGGAAAAGGAAAUCACUGGGGACGACUGGUUGGCGCACACGUUAAAUUUCAACAGCAAUGUGCCUGUGCUGGCCAAAGAUGCAUCUACCAAAGGUGAUGACUGGUACGAUGUUUACGAUCCGCGUAAUCCCCUUAAUAAACGCAAGCGAGGCGCAACAGAUCAUAAUAAAUCUGCGCAUAAGUCAAAAUCCUCUAGGUAAAAUAUUU